AAAUAACCACAACGCAAGAGACUCGUGCGCGAUCCUAACUCAACACAUUAAUUAAAAUAAAGAAAAACGAUCACAUCGGAAAUGCAAAUCGCACUUUAAAACAUAUAUACCUAAAAUUUAAAUAACUAUUUAUUGCUCUUAAGUCGCGUAUGCUUGCAAAAUUAAUGUAAAACACAUAAAAACAUAAAGCGACCUUUAAAGUUUCCGCAUUUAACCACGCAACGUACAUAACACGUAUACGCCAUGGUAUCCAAGGCAUUGUUGCUGCUGGUUGCCAUUGUUGCUGCCCGAUUUGGUGGCUCAACGAGGCGAACAACACUCGCAUUGGCCUGCGAUGAAUCGUUGGCGGCGGCGGCGACAACAACGCAACAAAACAAUAGAUACAACAGCUACUACAGUAAUAACAACAACAAGAACAACAUGAACAACAACAACAACGAGCAGGACAACAACGACGAUGGUAUUGCUGAUAGCAAGGACAGCAAUGUUGACGACGACAACAAUGACAACUAUAACUACAACAAAGCAUCGGCCAAAUGGCAGUUGGCGCAGCAAAAACUAUACGGAAAUCCCCAAAGCAUACACCAACAGCAACAGCAACAGGAACAACAGCAACAACUGCAACGACAACAACAACUUCGGCAACAUCAUCAACAGCAACAAUUUGUUGAUGAUUCCGAGGCAGCAGGGAAUGACUUCCUUCUCCAAUUGCCAGUCUUAAAUGCGGCUAUGCAAGGUGUGGACUGGUUUUCACAGGACACAAGCAACAACAACGACAAGGACACCAACAACAACAACAACCACAACAAUGACUAUGACUACAAUGUGUGGCAUGCAACAUCCGAAUCAGAACGAGAACAUUUGCCGCUGCAACGCAGCAGUCGAAGCAGCUACAAGCAAAGCAGGCAGACAGCUGGAAACGGAGAUGGAGAUGGAGAUAUAGCUGGAGGUCAACUGGAUGCUGAUGCUGACGGCAUUGACUUUGAGGGCGAGGAGGACUUUGCGGUGGCCAAAAUGGAUGCGGAUGAGCUAAGCGAGCAGCUGCCAUAUGGCAUACAAAAUGUACGCAAAAGGCGCGUGCGCAGCGUGAUGCCACCACCACAAUCCCAAUACAGCACCACCGCCAGCGGAAGUGAAGGAGUCACUUAUCAGUCGCUGUGUCCCACCAAAAGAGUGACCGUUAAGCUGGACAAUGGCGAGUAUCGGCCCAAUCAUUAUGUGGAGGUUACCUGUGCCAACAACUAUGCUCCAUUGCCACCCAGGCUGCAAAACUAUGACAACUACAAUUAUCGCAGCAAUGAGUUGCCGCUGCUGCGUGCUCUCCUCAAUGAAAGAUCUGGUGAGAAGCGUGAGAUCUGCUCCGCCACAGGCUUUGCCUGCAUCCAACUGAAUCGCACCAUACAUUUGAUACGCCUGAAUGAAGGCAGUGGCUGCUGGGAGUCGGAGACGCGUACGGUGCCAUCGGGUUGUGAGUGCAUGUGGCCCAAGCAUAGCUAUGGCGACAUUGCCUCUUAUCACCAGGCACAGAAGCGUUUCACCAAUCAGCGUGCUCGUCCCGGACCAAUCAUUGAUUACACACCAGGUGUGGGCUAUCGCCAGUUGACACUGCGUUCCCAUGCUCCCAAGUCGGGUGGAGUUGCCGCUGGAACACGCAGUCGACGUGCGGAUUUGGACUAUGACAACUAUUAAUUAACUGAAUAAAAUGGAAGUGCGCUUUACAACUUUGGGACCAAAGUGCCAAGCACCAUUGGAUUAGAUCAACUAAGUUAGCAACUAAAUUGAAGGCGUAAAUUAUUUAAUUGCUGUGGUUUUUAGCCGUUAACACGAAAUUGUAUGAUUAAGAUAUAUGUAAAAUACAAUGAAGCAACCAA